AUGGGGCCCAGAGCUCUGCUCCUGCUGCUCUUCCAGGCCGUGGCCCUGACGGAGACCUGGGCGGGCCCACACACCCUGAGACACGUCCUCACCUUCGUGUCUGGACUCGGGAAGUCCCGGUACUUCGUGGCCGGCUACGUGGACGACACGGAGGUCAUGCGGUGCGACAGCAACGUUUCUAACUCGAGGGCGCAGCCGCGGAUGCCUUGGAUGGAGCACCCGUGGGUGGAGCAGGAGGAUCCAGAUUUCUGGGAGGAGCAGACGCGGCUCUGCAAGUACCAUGAACAGGCUUCUCAAGGAAAGGUGAAAAACCUGCGCUCCUACUACAACCAGAGCGAGUAUGGGUCUCACACCUUUCAGCACAAGAGGGCCUGCGUUGUGGGGCCGGACGGGCGCUUCCUCCGCGGGUACAGUCGCACUGCCUAUGAUGGCACCGAAACCUUCGCCCUGAACUUGGACCCGAGUUCCACCACCGAAGCCAACAAGACCGCCCAGAUCACCAUAUGGCGGGAUUUGUUGCAUCAACAUGAUGUGGAGUGUACGAGGGUCUUCCUGGAGCACACGUGCGUGCACUGGCUUCACCUGUUCUUGGAGAAGGGGAAGGAGACCCUGCUCAGAGCAGACCCUCCAAAGACACACAUGACCCACCACCCCAUCUCUGACCAUGAGGUCACCCUGAAGUGCUGGGCCCUGGGCUUCUCCCCUGCGGACAUCACCCUGACCUGGCAGCGUGAUGGGGAGGACCUGACCCAGGACAUGGAGCUGGUGGACACCAGGCCUGCUGGGGACGGGACCUUCCAGAAGUGGGCAGCUGUGGCCGUGCCCCCUGGAGAGGAGCAGAGAUACACAUGCCAUGUGCAGCACCAGGGGCUGCCUGAGCCCCUCACCCUGAGAUGGGACGCCCCUCCUCAGACCACCAUCACCAUUGUGGGCAUUGCUGCUGCCCUUGGUCUCCUUGGAGCUAUGGCCUCUGGAGCUGUGCUGUGGAGGAGGAAGAGCCCAGGUGGGUAA